GCCGCUCCAGGUGCCGAGGCCGCGGCGUUGCCGGGCGACGGGCGGCCGCUGUCGCUCCCGGCCCGCCGCUCUCCCUUUCUCCCCGCGGCCUCGGCACGGCCCGCAGCAGGACAUGGAACAAUUAAAUAACACUAUGAGCACCUGUCAGACAAAAUAAACGAAGAUAAACAGCUGUGACUUCUAAAUUAAAAUCUCUGUAGGAGAGGAAUGGGAAAUGAUGCAGAACAGCAGUGGCAUUGGAAGAAAAGCAUGUUGAGAUGGACCUGAAGUGGAAUCCUGACAGAGUUUCUCAUCCAGGCUCAUUUGAAGACCAGGAGACUGAUUUGAAUUGGCAACACAAUGCAAAUCCCAGUCCGCUGAUUAAAGAUGAUGGAGAGCUGCUUAUGGAUGAGCAUCUUUCCCCCAGGAAACUGAAAAUUUUGGCAGGGGUAGAUGAUCUGCAGCAAGUGAAGGUCCUGGAGAUGCGAGUAGACACCAGAGAGAUCAGCUUGGGUAACUUUGGUGUGCAUCUGCCUAAUCUGAGAGAACUGAAGUUGAACAAUAGCUUGCUUACAUCUGUGAGGGAUCUUGGAACCUCAUUGUCCCAUCUCUGUAUCCUGUGGAUGGCUCGGUGUGGGCUCUCAGAUUUAGAUGGGAUCUCUUCCUGCAGCUCUCUAAAAGAACUCUACAUUGCUUAUAACAAUAUCUCUGAGCUGAGCCAGCUGACCUGGCUGGACCACCUUGAGGUUUUGGACCUGGAAGGGAACAAUAUCGAGGACAUCAACCAGGUGCAGUACCUGCGACUUUGUUGCAAGUUAAGCCACCUGACAGUGGAGGGCAACCUUAUUUGCCUGAAGCCAAAUGCAGAAUCUGCAGAGGACCCAGACUAUAAUUACAGAGCAGAAGUAAAAAAACUCAUUCCCCACUUGAAGUAUUUGGACAGAAUACCAGCAAGUCAGACUGCUCUCCUUCCUUCCAAGAAGAUGCAUGAGCAUUCUCUAAUCAUCAAGAAAUCCAUCAAGGAAGGUGGUUUAGUCAAAGACAUUUCACAGUUAGAUCUGUAUCUUGGGGAAGUAGCAAAGCAGUCUGGAUUCAGCCCAAAACCCCCAACACCUUCCAGACCUGGAAAUGCAGAGUGUUCUGCUAAUGCAGGGACGUGUAGUGAUGCCAGCCUCUUGUCUGGUAGCUGUCCUCUUCCAGAUUCCACUGUUUUUCCUGAUAAGCUGUUCACAGAAGAUGACUCUAGUGAUUUGACACAUGGACUCCGUCAAGUUAUAUGUGGGAACCCCGCCAAGGCCCUCCAUGCAAGGAGACAAAAGCUAGGUCUACCUCCUACUGUAAGCCCUUUGAAACCAUCCAGUCUGAUGACAGAAAACCUUUGUGGCUCUGGAGGAGGAAGAGAUCUGCACCAGGAAAAGGUGUCCCCUGACCUGGGAACAUGGGCCGAGCAGGAUAAGGGGUGCCUGCAAGCAGGUCAGCAAGGGCAAGCCAGCCAAGCAGUAAAGGUGAAUGAGGGUGAAGAUUGGAGCCUGACUGAUAGCUCAGAAGAUUACUUGAGGGAGGCCUGUGAUAAGGAACUUAUUGAAAGGAUUCCACUUGAGCCUACUUCCCACUCCUCUACAGGUUCAUCCCAGGCUCAGGAGGGUGCAGUGCCCUCCAACUCAAAACGUUAUCUAAUUCCAUCCCCUCCAAAAAACCCUUCACCUGCCUCUGCAGUGGAUGUUGCAGCAAGACCCUGGAAAACAAGGAACCACAUGGGCCUAAAGACACCCAGCCAAGAGGAAGACGGGAAGUAUACACAGCAGUGCCAGUCAAAGGCUCAUCAAGAGAAUUCCGCCCGGCCCCUGGACAAACAACCUUCUCUCCUGGGCCUGCACAGCACACUGGCUGCCUCUGGAUCCCAAAGGCAGCACCAGCCUGUGGGCUCCAUCAGCCAGCAAAGGCCCAUUCCAGGACCAGCAGCUGUGGGGUCAUCAAGGAUCAGGCCCAUCAUGGAUGAGAGCCCUUCUAAAGAGAUCAACCACAAGCACCCAGCUGCCUGCUCAUCCACAAAAGCCUCGCAGAGGUUUAGGCCAAUUAAUUCUGCUUGGUCCCUGACUGCCAGGUCCCUUCUGCAGUCAUUGCCAAAAAAAUCCACUGCCACAAAAACAUCUCGGAACAGAAGUCCUCAGUUCUAGAAGAUACCCAGUUGACAGCGUGUGUUGGAGCCAUGUACACAGUGCAGCCAUGAAGGAUUGAUGCUGUCCUGCAGCUUCUUCUGCAAGCUAAACACAGAGCAGUUCAAACAAACAACGUGAUUUGCCUCAAUUCAGGAUACAGCUGGUCCAGAAAUAUUUUAAGAGCAACCACUGAUCAACCAAUGAGCUAAUGAACUUCUUAUUACAGAAAAAUGUGGUUAUUUUUGCAACCUAUAUGCACUAAAACAGAACAAAUCCUGUCA